UAGCGUGGCAGCUUCCAGUCCCGGAGUUUGUCAUUUCAAAUUUCAAAAGAAAAUUAUAUUAAUAUUAAUUAUUCUCUCUCUAUAUAUGCGAGGUGUACGAGUUUUGAAGCUUGCAGGAAAAUUAGGGUAAAACUUCCGUUCUCUCAUCAAAUUAGGGUUUACUCUGUGUGAAAGAGAUUCAAAAUGAAGAGAAUUGGGGCUUUGAUGGCUUCAAUUGCUUCGGCCUCUGCUGUAGCCGUCUCUGAAUUUUCUGAUGAGUCUUUCUUGAGAUUUUCCGGCGAGUUUUCCAAUUCCGGCGAGUCUAAUUCUCGACACUCUGGCCGUUCUGGCAAGUCUUUGUCUCCAGGUUCUGGUGAGGAGGCAUUAUGCAAGAGCAUGACAUAUGGUGAUCCGAGCAAAUCGCAGCCGUCUGAUAAGUUUGCUCCGAGAUUUGACGGCUUGAGAUUCAUUGAGACGUUGGUGACUGCACAUAGAUGAAGCCUCACCCAAUUUUAUUGACAUUUUGUGGUUUACUUUUUUUUUAUUAUGUGGUUUUCUGGUUUGUCAUUGACAUCAUUGCCAUUAUUGAUAUUGUAUGGUCCUAAAAAGGACUGUAAUUCUUUAUAAAUACCAUCUCUAUUGAAUUGUUUAAGAGUUUAUACUUACUGA